AUGUCGAAGAUGCCGGUGGCGACGGGGGAUAUCAGAGAGAUUGCGGGACAACCGGUUUUUGUGCCGCUGUAUAAGCUGUUUUUAGCGUACGGGGAGAUGUUCGUCCUCGCGAUCGGGCCGAAGAAGUUUGUCGUCGUGAGCGAUAACGCCGUCGCGAAGGAAAUGCUCCUGACGCAGGCGAAGAGCUUCUCCAAGGGAUUACUGUCGGAGAUCUUGGACUUUGUCAUGGGCCAAGGGUUGAUCCCGGCCAACGGCGAGGUGUGGAAGAUUCGACGCAAGGUGAUCGUCCCGAGCUUGCACAAAAAGUACGUCACGUCCAUGGUCGGCAUGUUUGGCGACUGCGGGUUGAAGGGCAUGGCGCAGCUCGCGCGGGCGGAGAAAAUGGGUGAAUCGGUGGAGAUGGAGAACUUUUACUCUCGGUUUGCGCUGGAUAUCAUCGGUAAGGCUGUGUUCAACUACGAUUUCGAUUCUUUGACCACGGACGAUCCGGUGAUCAAGGCUGUGUACACCGUCCUGCGCGAGGCGGAGUAUCGAAGCGUGACGUUCAUUCCGUAUUGGAAGGUGCCGCCGCUUCGCUGGCUCGUUCCGCGACAGCGCCAGUGCCAGGAGGCGCUCAAGGUUGUGAACGACACCUUGGAUGAACUCAUCGAUCGAUGCAAGAAGAUUGUCGAGGAGGAGGACGAGGAGUUCGUCGAGGAGUACAUGAACACGGAUGACCCGAGCAUUUUGCACUUUCUCAUCGCGAGCGGCGACGACGUCACGUCCAAGCAGCUUCGCGAUGAUCUGAUGACGCUCCUCAUCGCCGGCCACGAGACCACGGCGGCGGUGUUGACGUGGACCACGUUCUUGCUCGCGAAGCACCCGGAUAUCAAGCAAAAAGUGUUCGAAGAGGUGGACCGCGUCGUGGGCGACCGUAACCCCACCGUGGCUGACAUGCGCGAGCUCGUGUACACGACUCGGGUGAUCAACGAAUCGAUGCGUCUGUACCCUCAACCGCCGGUACUCAUCAGACGCGCCUUGGAACCCGUGACGCUGGGUGGAUACAACAUCGACGCCGGCACAGACUUCUUCAUCUCCGUCUGGAACUUGCACCGCAACCCGCGAAUUUGGCCCGAGCCGGAUGCGUUCAAGCCAGAGCGCUUCCCGAUCGAGGGACCGAUGCCGAACGAGUACACCGAAGAUUACGCCUACCUUCCCUUUGGUGGUGGACAGCGUAAAUGCGUGGGCGACCAGUUUGCGAUUUUCGAGUCCAUCGUCUCUCUGGCUAUGCUCAUGCGCCGCUUUGAUUUCGAGCUCGACGAGUCCAAGCACCCCGACGGCGAGUGCGGGAUGACCACGGGCGCGACCAUUCACACCACCAACGGUUUGCACGUCCGUCUCAAGCGACGCGAGGGGCGAGGCGGCGCUGAAAUGUCUGGAGCGGUCAGGGGUAAGGCAUUAACCGAGUUGGAUGACGUCGACGUCGUCAGAGGGUCCAUCGACGCGCCGACGGCGAGCGCGGAUGAGGUGGACGUCCUCAUCGCCGAGGAUAUAGACGCGGGGACGGUGGAGAAGAUCCAGCGAGCGACGAAGAUCAUCGAGGAGGAGGAGGCGCGCGCGCGUUAA